GGAUCUCUUGUCAUAGAUCGUUAAAACAGAGAGUAGUGUUUAAGAUUUUUUUAGUCAGCUCGAGGCUCUUAAUGCGAAAGUGGUGAAAGUUUCGAGAUACGCGUAGCUUUGUGCAGCGACAGAAACUGAACAUAUCGAAGUAAAGUUACAAUAGAAACACGUGGACAUAAUGCUUGAAAGGGCGAUGAAAGAACACCUCAAAUUUGAUGUAGUACAAAAUGCUAUGGGUGUGAUGGGCCCAUGGCACAUUGUAAUAGCCAUAGCACUUUCCCUUGUAAAAUUUCCAGUCGCUUGGCAUCAACUUUCAAUUAUAUUUCUCGCACCUCCAACUAAUUUUUCAUGUGCCGCACCAAUGUCUGCGACAAAUGAAUCUACGAUAAUGAAGUGCUAUAUAAAUGUAGGAAAUGACACUAUGGAGAAGUGCACAAGAUAUAAGUAUGACAAACGCAUAUUUAAAGAAAGUAUUAUAACUCAAUGGGACUUGGUCUGUGAUAGGGAACAACUAGCAAAUCUUGCACAGUCUUGUACAAUGUUUGGAGUUCUUGUUGGCAAUUUAGUGUUCAGUAUAAUGGCUGAUCGAAUUGGUAGGAAAAAACCUUUAAUGAUCGCAAUAGCAUUACAGUCGUUAACCGGAUUUAUGAGUGCAUUUGUUCCAUGGUAUGAAUUAUUUUUACUAUUUAAAUUCAUUACUGCUGUAGCUACAGGUGGUACCAUGCUUGUUAGCUUUGUUUUGCUUAUGGAGAUUGUAGGCACAGAAUGGCGUUCAAUUAUGUCAGUUCUAUUUCAUGUGCCAUUUUUAUUAGGCCAUUUAAUGAACCCUUUAAUUUCGUACUUGACGCGUACGUGGGAUAGUUUUCAGAUGGCAGUUUCUAUACCAUCAAUUUUUCUAUUGUCUUAUUAUUGGAUUAUACCUGAAUCACCAAGGUGGUUACUUGCUGUUGGCAAAUUAUUAAAAGCAGAGAAAAUCUUAAUUAAAGCAGCUGGUAGAAAUAAGAUACCAAUCGAAAAUGUUAAAGCAGCAAUUGAAACAUAUACAAAUAAUGCGAGUGUUCGCCGUACGAAAAAUGAAGAGAAAUAUAAUAUUACACAUUUGUUUAGGACAACUAAUUUAAGAAGGAAAACCAUCUGUAUAUGCAUUAAUUGGUUUGUCUGUGGUAGCUGCUUUUUUGGAUUAGCACAAUAUAUGGGUUACCUAGAUGGCAAUAUUUUUGUAAAUGUUGCUAUAUCAGCUGCAGCUGAACUGCCUGGAACUGUAAUAGUUUUAUGUUUGAUAUCUCGUGUAUCUCGUCUAAGGAUAUUAAUAUGUGGUAAUAUGUUAUCAGGCUUGAGCUUGCUCUUAUUAACUGUGAUAUCAAAUUCAACUUGGACAGUUUCUUUAGCUACAGUAGGUCUUGCGGGAAUGUCAAUUAGUUUUCCAACAGUAUAUCUAUACAGUAGUGAGGCAUUUCCAACUGUAGUUAGAAAUAUUGGAAUUGGUCUAGGAAGUAUUUGUGCAAGAAUUGGGAGCAUGAUUGCACCUUACAUUGCAACUAUGGGAAAAAUUAGACCUUGGUUACCUCCAGUAAUAUUUGGAGUUGGACCACUACUUGGUGCUGCAUUGUGUUUACUGCUACCAGAAACAAUGAACUGCAAAUUACCUGAUACUAUCGAAGAUGGUGAAAAUUUUGGAAAAAAGCAAACUGGAGGAAGUAUAAGAAAGUAACGAAUCCGUUUAAAGGAAAGACGAAAAAUUAUGACACUAAAGUUGAUCUUACCAAAGGUAAACAAAAAAUGAAUUUAAUAUUUCAUUGGUGAUUCACACUACAUAAAAAUGUAUAAAAAUUUUUUUAUUCAUUUCUUAAUCAGUAAUCUCUAAAAAAGUAUUGUAUUGUGAUAAGAAUAUUUUGUGAAUAUGAAAGACUAAAUUUAUUGAAAAAUUAAAUCUGAAGUAUCAAACUUAGCACAGGAUAAUUGUAUACAUAUGUAAUGAUAUACUUUACAAUGUAUGAAGUCUGUAUUUAUAAUUAUUAUUAAUAUAUACAUCUAUUUUUUCAUUC